AUGGUGCUGCUGCCUAAAUUCUCUCUUCUCUUGUGGAUUCUCCUUUCUUCAUAUGUCAUUCUCUUGAUAAAUCAUCCGGUUAAAUGUGGUGACGAUGAGAAAGAUAAUCUUUAUCAGGGUAUCAACAAGUAUCGAGCAUCGUUAAACUUGAAAUCUCUUACGAAAAACAAAAACGCAGAUUGCCUUGCUGAUAGAAUAGCAGAUCAAUUCAAGAACCAACCAUGUACAAAUACCACAGGUGCUAAUACAGUACCAGGCACAGAACCUCAAUUCUCAAACUAUCCAAACCUUUUAGCUAAGUGUCACUUGGCUAUUACUGAUACAAAGGAUGGAACUGUAAUGCCUGCUUGUGUUCCUGGCCUGGCUUCAACCCUUGUCCUCGCGAAUUUCACGAAAUCUCUCUACUCGGAGAAUCUCAACGACACACAGUUUACAGGAAUCGGUAUUGGCUCGGAAGAUAACUGGAUCGUUGUUGUCUUGACCACUGACACUCCUACAGGAAACUUUGCUCCCUAUAGUUCUAAUGCUGGAAACCUGAUUUCCAAAGUUGGAAUGAUUUAUUGCUCAAUGCUCUUGUUAGCUGCCAACAUUUUCAUGUUAUGA